AUGCGACAGUAUGAGAAAACUGGUUUGCGACAAAAGUAUAGCACAAUCACUCUAAAAACUGCCCUCUGCCGAGUGCAGAGAGGUGAAAUAAGUCAACGCGAAGCAGAAAGGCAAUACAAAAUUCCAAGACGAACACUCAGAGAGCACAUCGCAGAUCCCAAUCUUAAAUACGGAUCAGGAAGAGCUACAGACCUUUCGCAUGCAGAGGAGGAACUCUUGGUAACAGCCAUUAUUGCAGCUGGGGAGUAUGCAUGUCCAAUGGAGAAAUCAGAUAUACUAGACAUCACAGAAGAGUAUGUCGCAUCUCUGGCAAAGAAGACCCGGUUCAAGAAUAACCGUCCAGGCGACGAUUGGUUCUACGGCUUUACAAGAUGCUGGAUGACUGAACUUGCUCCUAGAAAACCAGAGGUGUUAACCAUCUCUAGGGCUACAUCCUGCAAUGAGUUUGUCAUAUCAAAGUUCUUUGACAUUUUAGAACAGAAAGUUGAUGAGCUAGGAAUCCGUGAUUCUCCUGCUCAAAUCAUCAAUCUGGAUGAGACAGGCUUUGUCACCGAUCCAAAAUGCAAGAGAGUAUUUGUAAAGAAAGGGAAACGCAACCCCAGUGUUGUCAUUCCAGGUAGUGGGAAAGAAAGGUACACUGUCUUGGGAUGUGUUGCUGCAAAUGGUAAAGUGUUCCCCCCAUAUAUCCUCUACAAGGCCAAGAACUUGUAUGAUUCUUGGUGUGUUGGUGGUCCUUAUGGUGCAGGGUACUCGACAACUGAUUCAGGAUGGAUGGAAGGGACAACACUGGCCUCACGGUUCGAGAAGCGCUUCUUAUACCACGUCAGACACAUCAAAAAAUCCAUUCUGGUUAUGUUCGAUGGGCACAGUAGUCACAUCACUGUAGAUUUAAUAACCACAGCCAAAGCACACGAUGUGCACCUUCUCUGUAUGCCACCGCACUGUUCGCAUGUUCUACAACCAUUAGAUGUUGGUGUGUAA